AUGUCGCUCCCCGCAGGAUUCGAGAAAAUCGAAGUGAAGAAUCCGGUGGUCGAGCUAGAUGGAGAUGAGAUGACCAGGAUCAUCUGGAAGAAGAUCCGUGAGGAGCUCAUCUUGCCGUAUAUUUCGUUGGAUAUCAAGUAUUACGACCUUGGACUUGAAUAUCGAGACCAAACGAACGAUCAAGUAACCGUCGAUGCUGCCAACGCUAUCAUUGAGCACAGUGUCGGUAUCAAAUGCGCGACGAUCACGCCUGAUGAGGCGCGUGUCAAGGAGUUCAACUUGAAGGAGAUGUGGAAGAGCCCGAACGGCACGAUCCGAAAUAUCCUUGGAGGCACAGUAUUCCGUGAGCCUAUUGUCCUCGAACGUAUUCCACGUCCCAUACCCGGUUGGGUAAAGCCUAUAUGUAUUGGUCGACACGCUUUCGGUGACCAGUAUCGUUCUACCGAUUACGUCGUACCUGGGCCUGGUAAACUUCAACUUGUUUAUACCCCGGCCGACAGAGGCCAGAAAACUACGUUGGAUGUGUAUGACUUCACGGGGCCUGGUGUCGCCAUGAGCAUGUACAAUACUGACGAGUCGAUAACUGGUUUUGCUCACGCGUCUUUCAAAAUGGCUCUGUCCAAGAAAAUGCCCUUGUUCUUGUCUACCAAGAACACCAUCAUGAAGAAAUAUGACGGGAGGUUCAAGGACAUCUUCCAGGAAAUCUACGAGUCGACCUACAAGUCCCAAUUCGAGGCGGCAGGUAUCUACUACGAGCAUCGUCUCAUCGAUGACAUGGUUGCCCAAGCUAUCAAAUCUUCCGGAGGCUUCGUCUGGGCUACUAAGAACUACGAUGGCGAUGUCCAGUCGGACAUCCUCGCCCAAGGCUUCGGCUCCCUAGGCAUGAUGACCUCCGAACUCCUCACCCCCGACGGCAAGAUCAUCGAAUCCGAAGCCGCGCAUGGAACAGUUACUCGCCACUACCGCGAGUGGCAGAAGGGCAACGAGACGUCCACGAACCCCGUCGCGUCGAUCUUUGCGUGGACCAGAGGACUCCUCCACCGCGCCAAGUUGGAUGGGAACGAUAAACUGAGAGAUUUCUGCCUCGACUUGGAGAAGGCGUGUAUCGAGGUGAUUGACGAGGAUGGGAUUAUGACGAAGGAUCUUGCUCUGGCCAUUCAUGGGAAAGACAUGAAGAGAGAGCACUGGGUUGUCACUGACGUAUAUAUGGACACGGUGAACGCCAAAUUGAAGGAGAAAUUGGCGAAAAGAGGCCAGGUCUAG